AUGAAAUUUCUAAUUUUGUGCGUACUUCUUGUUAAUUUUCCGGAAAUUUCUGGCCAAAAUUCCAUAAUUCGGCAAGACAAUGGAAUCGGCGAAAUUGUGCACAAAAUCGAGCAGUUUUUCACGUUUCUAUGCACCCGCUGCAAGGAAAUUGUGCUCUACGUCGACGGCGCGAUCGACAAUCAGAGCCUCAAAAAAGUGGGUUUCGUGGAGAGUCUGCAAAUGAAAGGGUCUUGCUGAAAUUUGUGGAGAAAAUUGAAUUUUCAGGACGCCAACGCACUUUGUGACUCUCUUUUGGGAUUCAGCGAGGUGACGGAGAAGGUUUGCAAGUCUGUCGGUACGUUUUCAUGUUUUUUCUUUAAAUUUAUGUUUCGAAAUUAUGAGAAACCACAAGAAGCACACGCGAUUAUCGAUUUUUCGUGCGGCACUCGGAUAACUCGAGCUUGUUUCAACAUUCGUGUACUUCUCGUCGUCUCCAUUGCUUUUUUUCCGAAUUUGUCACUUUGCGAACACAAAAUCCCCCACUUUGAACUUUUUUUUAUUGAAAAAAUGUUGCUCUUUGAGUGCACAACACCCUUAAAAACCGUUUUUUUUUGGGAGCACCCCGGAAUGGAACUGGCCCGGAAUGGAACUGUACCGGAAUGGAACUGGCCCGGAAUGGAACAGGCCCGUAAUGGAACUGCCCGGAAUGGAACUGACCGGAAUGGAACUGACCGGAAUGGAACUGUACCGGAAUGGAACUGACCGGAAUGGAACUGACCGGAAUGGAACUGACCGGAAUGGAACUCCCACUGAAAAUAAAUUUGACCAAAAAACAACAAAAAUUCGGAAAAAAAUGAACGUUGCCACUAAUUUCGACGACGAUUCCUUCGUAAAUGUCAUUUAAUUACAUGGGGCUCGGUUAUUUGAUUUGUAAUUCAUCGUUAAACAUGUAUAAGUCCAAAUAGAACAGUUUUAUGGCGGGGAAAAAUGGGGUGAGAUGGCGAAACGGGGAGAAUAACAUGGCAGAAACGUACGGCAAGACCAAAGCAAAACAGGAUCGAAAGAACAACGGGAUAACAACAAGGGUGGAAACAAAAUGAAAGCGCUGAAAGUAACAGUGAACAGAAAUUCACUCGUCGCAAAAAAAACUCGCUCCGCGCGGAGGCAUCUGCAGAAACAAAAUCUCGGUAAAAGCGAAAUAGAUCAAUCGAUAAUCGGUAAAUCGGCGACAAAGACGGAACAAAACGUGUCAGCGUAGAAAUUCAACACCGACUACGACGUAAUAAUACUAAAAUCCGGCAAAAAUCGAUCAAAACACUGCGCAAAAUCUCGCAGAAAAACAAAUUCGAAGUCAACACAGCUGAAUGCGCGUAAUAUCUGUUGCAAAAUACGCAGAACGGUGUACGCACACGUCUUCCGUGCGGCAACUAGGGCUGAGUUCCAUUCCGGUCAGUUCCAUUCCGGUCAGUUCCAUUCCGGUCAGUUCCAUUCCGGGCAGUUCCAUUCCGGUACAGUUCCAUUCCGGUCAGUUCCAUUCCGGGCAGUUCCAUUACGGGCCUGUUCCAUUCCGGGCCAGUUCCAUUCCGGUACAGUUCCAUUCCGGGCCAGUUCCAUUCCGGGGUGCUCCCUUUUUUUUCAGUCGAAGACAUCCUGGGCGAAGUGUACGCGCAACUGAAGAAAUUCGAGCCGGACCACACGGCGUGUGCUCACUUGCACCUCUGCGAUUCGUGUGCAAUCGAUACACAAUUGACAACGACGACGCAAGUUUCAGCUUCAGAGAAAUUGACUCGAUUUGUUGUUCAGAAAACGGCCGACGAAACGACGAGAAAACGAGGAAAUCGACACGGCGAAACUGCUUCACGGAAUCGCCAAAAUCCACCAUUUGGCGUUCAGUCUCUCCACUAAUUUCACGGAUCCUCUGUUCUUUUAUUAUGGCCAGAAAUGA